AUGAAGACUGAAAAGUUUUUGGAAGAACGAUGCAUAUUGUGUCCUACAUUGGAAUGUGUUGAGAAAGUUAAUUAUUUUAUGCUUGAUUUACUACCAGGUAAUACAAUAGAGUACUUAAGCUUAGAUAGCACUUGCAAAUCUGACGAGGACACUGAACUACAAUCAAAGUGGUUUACUACUGAAUUCUUAAAUGAUAUUACAUGCUCAGAAAUACCAAAUCACAAAAUUAUAUUGAAGGAAGGUGCUCCGAUAAUGCUAUUGAGAAAUAUAGAUCAAGCAGUCAGUUUAUGCAUUGGAACGCGGCUAAUAGUGGCUGAUCUUGGAACAAAUGUUAUAAAGGCCACUGUAAUAACAGGAACCAACAUUGGAGAAGACAUUUUCAUUCCAAGAAUGGACAUGGUUCCAUCUGUCUCAGGUUACUCGUUUAAGUUUGAAAGACGUCAAUUUCCGAUCAGUCUAUCCUAA